CCUUGAGAUUUUAAUCCUCUGCCCGAUAUACCUUCCAACCAUUCCAAAAGAUGAGAUGGUCAUCUUAAGAACAGGUCAGUUGGUAUCUUGUCUGCCUACAUCACCCUCUUUGAUUGGUUCUUGGUUUUAUGUUUCAUCAGAGCAUCCAAGAUCUUGCUUGUGUGUAUGGCUGUGUUAUAGAGACGCACGCCGCUGGCUGGUGUGUGUCACUGCUGUGGUUCUGUGCAGCAGUGCAUGUGCAGAUGGUUAAAAUGAGAAUGUGCAUGCAGGCCGGCUGGGAGGGUGUUGUGCAUGGAGAUACCGCUGUCUGCUGUCUCUUAUUGCGUUAUUCUCCGGGAUCGUAGCGAGCUGCGAGAGAGCUCAUUAUAUCCUUUUCAUUGCACGUUACCCAUCAUUUUCACUUCACAGUCAGCCAUAAUAAAUCCAACCUAGUCUAUCUUAUUUGUCAGUUUCCGAUCCGACCGCUCUAUCCAUCUCCAUUUUUUAUUGCAGAUGAGGUAAAAAGAGAGCGGUGGACUUCGCUUAUAAAAAGAGGCCAAAAAUCCCCAUGUUUGUGAUUUCUGGUGGCAAGGACGGCCGUGGGAGCUUUUAAGAGGUUUUUAGCGAUUUGCAUUUACGGGAUCUUGAGUGCAUCCUGAAGAGGAGUCGUUGCACCCAGUCUCUCAGGAUCAACAUCUUACAUUGAAGAUCUCUUCCCACUCCGAUGUCAUCUUGAUUGAUUCCUGUAACCAGGUUUGGUGCAGACGCCACCUAGAGUACAUCUUAUGUGCCAUGGUAAUAGGAAAAGCUUCAAACAGGCGCCGAUAAAUGCGUGAGCACAGAUUACCACGGAUCAUGAACAGCUCUGCAAUUAGGAUGUCACAUAAUACGGCUUAGCACCAUUUCAAAUGAAGUUAAAUGCUUUGUCGGCAUGGCAACCGUUUUAGGCCCAGCAUUCAAUGAUAAUGAGUGCUGUCGAAUUUAAGUGGGUAAUUUCCAUUCGGAUAAUGUGAUUGGCUGGAGAUUAAUUUAUUUGUAAACUGCUUACUCCCUUUUUUUCCCGGUGAGGAGCCUCUUAUGUCCCUAUCAAGCCUUUCUUCACAUUCAAAGCAACAAUUAGAUCCUGCAGGAAACCUAGAGGAGAUGAAUUUGUCUUCACGACUAGUGAUUACUUGAUUAUUGAAGCAAAGCCCUGUAGUCAUUGCGUGGGAAGAUUGUGUGGAGUCACAAUUGUGCGUGGUGUUUAAAAGAAGACAGAUCUUUGAUGUUGUUGUUGAGGACUCUGUGUUAUUCUUGUUUUCAUCUUGUGCUGUGACUGUCAGGAAUAAAACCAACCGUGAAAUAAUUAUAGCCUCUUGAUUUUUCACUCUGAUGCAUUAAUGGGCUUGGUCUUGUUUGAAUGAUACCCAAGCUGUCAGUGAGCAGGGAGAUUCUCUAUCAAUCCUGCUGGACAAUGAGGUACUGAUUGUGGAUUAAUACACUCCGACCUGGUGGUCCGGGCCACUCCUGGACAUUACUGGACUACAUUGGAGUUACCUAUCCCACUCAAGUGAGAAGUGAAGAAUCCCCUCAAUUCAAAGGCAGACAGAACAAAACAAGGCCUCCUCGGUCAAGUUGUAAUUACUAAUUACAAGACAGAGCUUCGGAGCUCCUGGGAAGAUAUCAUCAAGGCCUUUGUGGUCAUUGCCUGUUGAUUGAUUAGUGUUUCUGUCCUGAUUUGGACAGGGCGUCUUACCAUCUUACCAAGAUAGGUUGCACCAUGGGUUCAUCACAGUCUAACCGUAAGGAGAACCUGGAUCUCAAUGGAGAAGUGAACUUUGAUCACUUUCAAAUCUUGAGGGCCAUAGGAAAAGGCAGCUUUGGAAAGGUCUGUAUAGUCCAAAAGCGAGACACCAAGAAAAUGUACGCCAUGAAGUACAUGAACAAAGCGAUGUGCAUCCGGAAAGAUGCAGUCCGGAAUGUUCUCCGAGAGCAAGAGAUCCUCCAGGCUCUUGAACAUCCCUUCCUGGUCAAUCUUUGGUUCACCUUUCAAGAUGAGGAGGAUAUGUUUAUGGUAGUUGAUCUUCUUCUUGGGGGUGAUCUUCGCUACCAUAUCUUACAAGGGGUGAAGUUUGAUGCAGAGAGGGUCAAGCUGUAUAUCUGUGAGAUCGCGCUGGCGCUAGACUAUCUUCGUACACAGCUUAUCAUUCAUAGAGACAUCAAACCAGACAAUAUCUUAUUAGAUGAAGAUGGUCAUGUUCACAUUACAGACUUCAAUAUAGCGACAAUCGUAAAAGCCAACGUGUAUGGUACAUCAAUGUCUGGAACGAAACCUUAUAUGGCUCCAGAAAUCUUCCAGACAGCCACAGACGAUUGCAAAGGUUACUCUUACCCCGUUGAUUGGUGGUCACUUGGUGUAUGUGCCUAUGAAAUGCUUAGAACAAAGAGACCAUACGACAUCCAUGCAAACUCCUCCGUUUCCGACAUCCAGCACCUGUUUUCCACCACUACUGUGCAUUACCCAUCAACGUGGCACCCUUCCCUAGCAGACCUCAUUAGACAGCUUUUAUCGAUAGACCCUAUUGAGAGGAUAUCAGAUUUACAAUCUCUUUCGAAACAUUCAUUCAUGGCUGAUGUAGACUGGGACAUUGUAUUAAGUAUGUCGAUCAGACCGUCAUUUGUGCCACCGAGAGACCACCUGAACUGUGACCCGACCUUUGAACUUGAAGAGAUGAUAAUUGAAGCAAAACCACUCCACAAGAAGAAAAAGAGACUAGCUAAGCAGAGUUCAAGAGCCAAAGACAGUAAAGAAAUAGAUGAAGAAAUGCAAGGUUCAUUAGACACACUGAGUGCAGAGUUUAGAGUCUACAACAGGGAAAGGUGUAGUAAUCAUCAUGAGUUACGGCACUCCCAGGAGCUCUUCAGCACACCGACCAAGACUAUCUCAAACGCUGAAUCAGGAGUGGAUAGAGACGACGACUCAUUACCACAGGAGCGUGAACAACUAGAUACGUAGCCUUUUCUAACGAUGCCUUCCAUGAACUAUGGACUAUCUCUUGACGAAAUAAAAUCAUUGGAAGGACGAGACAUGACUUCACCGCGAUGUUGGGGUUUCCUUCCCUUUCUCGUUCUAUCUCUCAUCAUUUUAGAUGGGAUAACUGAUGAAAAAGGGCAGGAAGGUUGUCUAUCUAACUUUCUAUCCCAUAUAUGUGACCUGUUGUGGAACACGUGAAGUGGAAGUUGAACUUUCAGGAGUCGGGAAACUAAUGCAAUGUUGAAUUUGUGGGAGAGUGUAUAAUUUGAUGUGAUCUUCCAUGUUAAAAGAUAUGGUCCAUAAAAACACAUCAAGUAUGACGAUGAUAAUUAUUGUUCACUUUAGAGAUUUUCAGAAACUCUCGUAAUGGGUGGCUUUUUGAACAUCAGAAAUCAAACAGAUGUUCAUUUUUAAUCUUCAGAUUUUUAAACAUAAUUUUCAGUGUAUCAGGUCCCAUUCCAAAACCUUUUUGUUUAAUGGAGGCAAGACCACCAGGCAUUUCACACUUCUGUUUUGUCUGCUCAACUAGUUUUUAUCAUCAUCUUAUGCUACCAGUCAAGGCUUGAUAUCAUGAUCCUGUCUGUGUACCACUUCUUAACCUGCUGACUACUGGGACUGGGUGGUAUCUGUACAAAGUCUAUGGAUUCAGUAUUCAACAGGUUAAAUGGGACAAAUCCCUUCUUUACACCACAUUGUCCAUCAGAGGUCAAACCUUCUCUGUAUAUUUAUAUAAUAUUUCAAAGGCUGAAGAACAUAUUGGUGAAGACUUUAUUUAUUCCCUGUAUUAUUCGAUUUUCAAAUAUCUAUAUUUAAUGGCAUAAUGAAAAAAUGAAUCCAUGCUAUUAUCUUUGAACAUUUCAUUUCUGUUUUGCCAAAGGAUAAAGACACCCCCCCCAUUGCAGUGAUCUCAACUGUAUCACAUUCAUACAAAUCAUGAUGGUUUGUGGCCAACCACGUUUCAAAGAAACUCCCAUAUGACCUUCAUUGUAGAGUUUUCUGAUAAAAUGCUAUAUUCCUUGAAAAAAAUGUAUAGAUAUUCAUUGAAAAUGUUUUUAGACACUGAAUAAUUUGAGGGAUUUUGAUUCUUAUGUUUAGACUACUACAUACGUAUGCCUUAAUAGUCUGCUUAAUGUUUACUGCUGAGAAAGUUGAUGGAAUGGAGUAGCCUUACAUACACAGCAUAUGCAGGUAUACUCUGUCAUCUAUCAUGGCAAAACUUGUUUGUUUGAGGUUAAUUCGUUUUAUCACGUACAGUAAUAUUCAAGUUUGGGCAUGCUUUACAACACCGACUUUCAAAGUGGAGUGUUUUGGUAGAGUGCUAUGUUCAGGCAAAGAUAUGGAGAGACGUCAAUAAUUUUAAGAUACUAAAUUAUUAGUUGCUUUUUUUAUUGCUGUGAACACAAUAGACUGACGUCCUUACAUAGCAGUCCGCCAAUUAAGGUGCAAAAUGAAAUAUCCUUAUUUCAACACAUGUUUCUUUCAAAUCUACUUAAUUCUUUGAACUAAUUUGAUACACAGAUGAGCAGAGCUAUCCGAAAAUUUCAUGAAGAAAGUAUAUUGUUAUCAAGAAAGUUUAAUGUUUUAGAUUAUCAGAGGAUAAUCUAAUUCAAAUUUUAUAUUUGAAGUUUCAUAUGAAGUGAGAUUGCUACUGAACAAUCAUCUCAGUAAAAUCUUGUCAAUGACUUUCAAUUUCUUUUAAAAAUUAACAGUGAAAUACAACUCAAAUUUUUUUCUGUGACAGCUCUGUAUUUUUUUAUAUUGGGCUAUGUAUGUUAUCUUUAAUAGAUAUAUACUGCUGUCCUUAUAUUUCUUGCUUGAAUAGAUCGUUGCCAAAUCCACGAAGUGGCACAUGCGACCGUUGAUGAGCGAAAUCACUUUUCGAGAUAAACGUGAUUAAAGAUUUUUAGAUUAUCAACUGCCCAUUGCUGUAUGAUUGUGAAGUUUAACAGAAUGAAGAAUGCACACACCAAGAGCCAGGUAUCUGCUGCUGCCUUCCAUGUUAAAUCAAAUGAACAUCAAAUCUUGACGUAGCAGUGAUUCAAACGCAAUUGUUGUUCUGUCUGUAGAAAUGGCAGGCACCUAAAGGAUUCUAAGGCUUGUGUCGCUUUUUCAAUUUGAUUAUCUCAUUAAUUAAAUAGAAUUGGGCUCAAAAUUUUGGUGAAAUGAUAGACCAUAGCUAGAGAAUACUAAAAGUGAAUGAAACUCAAAAUUGGCUUUUCACGUGAUUUUGGGACGUUGUGCCACUUCGUGGAUUCAGCGUCAAGAUGUGUAACAACUCAGUAAUGUAAACACAGAAU